AUGUCGGCCACCACCCUCGAUGAUGACAGGGUUCAGUGCCAAUCGGCAAAUGCUCUGGAAAACGAUGUUUUGGCAUGGACCGCAUCUAUUUCAAGAUCCCGAGUGUCCACCGCAGACGGUCUCGGCUUUAGUGAAAACAUGGAUACCGAUGCUAUGAACAGCCUCGAAAGCCUGCUUCACACGGUACAGCAGUUGAAACUUAAAAGGUUUUGCAGUGAGGGAUUGGAAGAAACCAGGUUUAUAGCUGCUGGGGAGACUUUUUCCGUCUCACAGUGCAAGUAUGAAGGGGCCGUAGUUGCCAUUAAGCGCAUCCGACUGAAUGAAGACGGGAAGGGAUCUGAACGUCAACAUUUCCAGCGGCGCCUACAGUCGGUUCUACGUGAGAUCCUAAUUAUGUGUCAUCCACCACUCGCCCAUCAUCCCAACAUCAUAAGUCUUCUAGGAUAUGGGUGGUCCAUGGAAAGGCAGCGGCUCUCACCCUUUGUUUCACUGGAGUUUGCCUCUGCUGGCUCAUUAAGGGAGUUUAUGAAAGAGCGCCCACGAACGAUUCGAACCAAACUGAUCCUAAUGGGAGAUAUCGGAGCAGGACUCAUAGCCCUGCAUAAAUGUGGGAUUGUGCAUGGGGACCUGAAAGCCGAUAACGUGGUGGUUUUUUCUACACUGGAUCGUCCGUCCAUGUCGAUUGCGAAACUGUCUGACUUUGGGCAUUCUAUUCUCGAGAGCUCAGCACCGGAAAGGAGAACACGAUAUUUUGGAACAGCCCUGUACAAUGCGCCCGAAGUGGCCGAGCAGAAGAACCAGCCGAUUCCAUAUGAACAACUUCAUAAAUGCGACAUUUGGGCGUUCGGACUCUGUGUGUGGGAAAUAUUAGCAGAUGGGCAAGUCUAUUUCAAGCGCAGCUGGCGGGGAGACCCUGCUUAUAGGCGCCUUCCCUCAUAUACAAUGUCGACACCCUCUUCUGCGAGCUCCAAGCCCCAUGACGAAGACUUCGCCGCCGAAGAUGAUCAAAAUGUCUUUGGCGACUUCGACCUUGGUAAUCUGAAGGGCCUUGCCGUUGGAUUUUUAGCAGACAUAAAGAUCCCAGGUAUUGGGUUCGAGAAAGGAUUUCUCAGGCCCCUGCUGAACGGCACACUACAAACCGAUCCCGCCAAACGAAUAUCAGAUCUAAGUCGAAUGCCGAUAAUUGGAUUUUGGAAUAGCGUUCCAGGUGGUCAUUCUCUGAAAUCAAAUCUAGCCACCUACACUCUAUCUGGAGACAUCCGAUAUGCAAUUUUCAGCAGGGAUGGGGGUCCCUAUAUUAUCUGGGAGCAGCAGCAGCAACUCCUGCAGGAUUUUGAAACUGUGGCCCAACAGUCUGAGGCCCCGAAAAUCAACGGAUCCACUGCGUUCCAAACGAUGCUAUGCUACGUGAAUGCUUUUGGGACAUCAAAAGACCUGACCAAGGCUUCACAUUUUCUUAAUAAGGCCGAAGAGUCAGGGCACUUUCUGGCCUGUAUUUUGAGUCUGCGAAUAUACGAUGGGUUCUCAAUGAGUACCUCUGGUCGCCACAAAACGUAUAGCGAGACUUUAGCUUCGGGAUUUCGUAUAUUGGGACGGAGUGAACAGUCCUCCACCAUCUCUGUGCACAAUGGCGAAUCGGCCACCAAGUUCGCAGAUUACAUCACUAUGCGAGAAGCUUUUGAUAAUGAAGGCAAUCUCGGGGGAGUAGACCAAGACGACAUUACGACCAUCUCACUCUCCUUGAACCUGUCUUCCGAGCGUUACAGCCUCCUCGAAAUUGCUAUCCAGCAGGGUGAUAUUGAACUUGUGAACCGCAUACUGCCCAUACUUGGCGAUAAGUUAAAAGAGAUGAAGACUAGGGAAUGUUUACUGGUGCAAGCGGCCCGUUGUGGUCACGGGUCCAUCGUGAAUCGAUUACUACAGGAAGGAGUUCCUGUUGCUCGCGAUGCCACAAGUUCAUGCCUUCUGCAUUGGCUGUUCUGCCUCGAUGAGACUAGUUUGUUUGAAGUGCUACAACAGCUUCGCAACGCAGACCGUCGUGAUGAUCUCAAGCUGGCACUGAACAGUGCUAUUAUCCAGAAGGUCAUCCUACACCCUCAAUGGCCAUUCCAAAUAUAUGGCGUUCCACUAGCUACUGCAGUUGCCUCAGGAAGCAUUGAUUCUGUGAAAAGCUUGCUGGAAUUGAAGGCUGAUCCGACGGCUGCGGCCUUUGCCGAUGAUGAUGGAGAUUCGGCUUCAAAGUUUACGCCCAUUCACCUUGCUAUACGCUACCACUUCCCAGAAAUGGUAAAAAUGAUGUGGCAUGCAGCAUUUGGGGAGAGAAUGAUUACUGCAAAUCGAUUAUAUCUUGCUCAUUCUUUGGGUCGAUUCCCCAUUGCCUGUGCCUUGAGCUUGAUGACUAAUGCUGAACGGCUUGCUAUACAUGGUAGUAGCUACAGACGAAAACUACAAGAAACAAUUCAGCUGCUACCAGUGGAGGCGUUGACUCAGUCAUCCCCCGAGGGUAAAAACGCCAUCACGCAGGCAAUCGAUCUCGAAGAUGUGGAUGCGGUGGAUGUUAUCCUGGAGCAUCAUCCUGAACUUGCGGCCCAAAGGAUUAUCCAACCGGGACCAAGUACCAUGUUUACAUACCCGCUGAAUUUUGCCGUGCAAAUGGGUUCGAUUCGCGACACUGAAGAAUCGGUCCAUAUCUUGGAGUCCAUUCUCUAUCUUGACCCAACAGCAAUCAAGAGACCAGACAGUUCUUCAGUCUGGCCAAUACAUGCUGCGGCCAUGGGUACAUCAACUCGCAUUAUAAAUUUCCUUCUGGACCGUGGCUCCACCUGUCACGAUACGGAUGGUAGAGGCCAAACUCCCUUAUUCUUCUGUCGCAGUGCAGGUAUUGUCAAGACCCUACUUUCGCGGGGUGCUGAUAUCAACCAUAAGGAUGAACUGGGCUUUACUCCUGUUCACGCAGCCACAAGCAAAGGCACAGAAGAAGUCUUGCACGCGCUUAUUGAGGGUGGAGCCAAUUUGGACCUCAGAGAUAAUGGAAUUGGAGCCCCGCUACAUUGUGCUGUUCAAAGAAAGUCCCUUUUGAUGACAGAGAUUCUUUUGAAGGCGGGCGUCAAAGUCAACGCAAAGGAUAGUCAUGGCCGCACGCCACUCCUCGUGGCAAUGGACGCGGGUCGAUUGGAUUUGAUCAGCUUGUUGUUUGAGAAUGGAGCUGACCCUUUCAUUGAGGACGAACGUGGCUCUUCCCCCUUCCAUAUGGCUCUGGCUUGGCCGAAUGCCACCAUUCUGAACAAGUUCCAAAUUCACACAACGCUCAUUACGCUGCCAUUGGAGACCAAGAUAAAAGCUUUACACUUUGCAGCUCAGAAUGGCGAGCCCGCGGCAUUGAAGCUUUACUUGCACAAAGCCUUCGGUCCAGGACUCAGUACGGGCAAUGCCGCUCAUGUGUACUCCGAAGAGACCAGAAUCGCUGUCCACAAAGCGGCAUCUGUUCGUCGAGCAGAGCUUAUUGAAGUGAUGUUGGCGUAUGGAUUUCAAGUGGAUGCCUUGGACGCCAGGGGCAAUACACCACUCCUGAUAGGGUGCCAACUGGAUCGAGAGCCGCCAAAUUCCAAUCCAUACCCUCGGACACAGAUCUGUGAAAAGCUUAUCGACAAUGGUGCGAAUAUACAUGUAAAGAACCACCAAGGACUGACGCCUUUUGUUAUUGCCCAAUCCCACGCAGAUUACCCAUUAAUGACACUUUUGCUCGAGCAUGCCCUCAGAUUGAGUGACCUUGAUCCUUCGGUUCUGAAUUCCCGCAUACUGGAAUCUAUCAAAGAUCCCGAAAAAGACCGCCAAUACUGCAAAGAGUCUCGAGAGCUCAUUGGCGGUGAGAUUAUCGACCCUGAACUAAUCCGGCAGGCUGCCGCAAAAGACGAAUGGGACUUUUUUAUGACCUGCAUUGGAGGAUAUUUCGUGGCCAAGGAGGAGCUGCUCCGGGUAUUUCCCCGAAGGACGUGGUCGCAUGGAGUGGAUAGUAUGGACAUGUUGCGAUUGCAGUCCGUCCGAAGAGACAGAGAGAUAGUUCGCUAUCUACAUGUCGCAAGUCGUUCGAGCAGGUCCCCCAUACAAAGGGUUUCUCAGAUCGGAGAGCGAGAUCUACAGAUGGAAUGUUCAGAUCUGAGGGCUGGUCUAAAUGCUACGCUUUGGCCAAAAAUGGCGAAGAAAUUCUGGCGAACAGACGAAAGUGGCGAGACAGUGACGCGAAAGCUGAGCAAGCGGUUCAAAAUGAGGUAUAUGGAAUUUCAGCCUAGGGAUCCUGUGAACGGCCAAAGAAAAUGGGGUUGGAGUUCAGAUGAUCUCUCUAACGACCCGAUAUCUCCUGACGAAGAGUCUGAGUUUGAGUCUGAUCCGCAAGAACAAGAAGCAAGAAAUACAGGACCAAUCGAGUGA